UCCGCCGACGACUGCGGGACUGAUUUACUCUCCACGGGGACGAAACUUUAACCGGCUCACCGCCGACGUUGCCGACGCUGUUCCGUAUAGAAAAAGAAGAGAUAUAGAGAGAGCGAGAGAGCAAGAAAAAAAGGAUCGACCAAGCUCUCGGGUUACACCGACUAGCUCUGUGCAUUGAGAAAAAAGAAAAAUAGAGCGAGAGAGAGAACAGCUCCUACUCGCUACGUAGUGCGGAAAUUGAAUCGUAUACUUAUACUACCCCCCAGUGCAGUGUGCAGUUGAUUCUCAAAUAUAUGAUUUAUCUACAUUCACGCUCGCGGCGAUAACGCUGUAAAAAUCACGUGGUGUUCGCGGUCGACUAAACGCGUUCCGUGUGCAGCUCCUGUGCGCGAUCCUAUAUACGCGUCUUCGUUGUGUGACGAGCCUCGCAUAAUCCGGCCGAUGAUUUUCAGUGUCCACGAGUGAGUGUGAAAUAGAAAAGAAACAAAAGAAGCAAAUUUCCGCCGAAAUCCGACCAAGAAGUUGGCCCUCGCGCCUGGAAAAUAUGGCUUCUCUGGCGGCAAUUACCCUGCUUCUGUGCCUCGUAACCGCAGCUCUGGCAGACAAUUUAGCUCUGCUAUCGGGUACGUUAAAGACGUUUCAGCGCGCCUCGUGUAACGAGGAAUUGAUGACGCUCAAGUGCCCAAUCGGUACGGCCAUACUGGUGACGGUGGCUCGUUACGGUCGAGCGAGCCUCGACAGCGGAACUGGCAAGUGCAGCACCACCGACCCCAUGAUCAGCGAUAAUCUACUAAACACGACUUGUCUUUGGCCAGCUGGAUUACAGCAUUCUCUGUUACAGACGGUCGUCGAAGUGUGUCAAAAAAAGCGGCAGUGCACAUUUAAUACGAAUCAAAAGGUUGGAGAUCCGUGUCCAGAAAUGCCCAAAUACGUAGAAGUUCUUUACAAGUGUCGUCCAUACGAAUUUCGCAGCAAAGUGGCAUGCGAAAAUGAGGCCAUCAAUCUGUCCUGCUACCCAAACUACCGGGUGGCAAUCUACAGUGCCUCGUUCGGAAGAACGGAAUACGAGUCUCUACAGUGUCCGCAGCCAAACGGAGUCAAGGACGAAACCUGCAUGGCGAACCACGCAACGGAAAAGGUGAUCGACCUGUGCCAUGGAAGGAGGCAUUGCUCGAUAGCCGCCAACAGCUCGACUUUCGGCGAUCCCUGCCGACCGGAAAGUCGCACCUAUCUCAAAGUCGUGUACACUUGUGUGUAUCGGUCGGUCCUCCGAGAGCAGUACGAGCGGGGAGUUACGGAGCCCGACGAAACUAAUCCGGGCUUGGAUUCAGACGAAGGCUUCGACCGUGCAGAUUUCAAGGUGGAAUUCAGUCCAAGUCCAAAUCUCGAGAGUCCGCAGUUUCAACCUCGGGACAAUAUUAACGGCUCCACCUCGUCGCGUUCCGGUGGCGUCAAGUCGCCCGCUUCCGAGACAUCUUCACCGCCACGUGCCAGGAUCAACGGCGAUGAGAAUCAAGAAAAGUUUUACUUGUACGUGAUAGUUUCGGUGACGGCCGGAGUAUUAAUAUUGCUGAGUCUGGUGAUAGGUCGACUCUUAUUUAGUCGACAUCGGGCAAAGCGAGAUGCCAAGUUUCACGCCAACAACGAGACCUUACCCAACGGCUUCACCGACGACAUCUCCGAAAUCGAUGCCGACAUCGAUUUAACGACUCCCGUACCGGUGCCAAUGCAGGACACUAGGUUCGAUACUGUUCUGCCUAGGUUGCCGGAGACUCAAUUGGCCGAGCGGCUCCACGCCGAGCGCUUCUACGGCGGCGACACAACGAGAUUACCCCUGUCGUCGGCCAGCUCGAUGCACUCGGGCCACAGCACGAUACUGUCGAGUAGUCUGCUGCAGCAUCAUCAUCUGCCGCCGAUCAACGCGACGACCACACCCGCCGGCAUGAGGGUCGAUCUCGGCAAUCACAUGGUUGGCACGGACAAUCUCCACACGAUCCUGAGGACCGACGCCGGCCGAAGCGGCCUCGGUGCUGGCCCCAAAACCAGCUAUUACUACGGCUGACAAGAGGACGGGGGAGCCGGAUUCCCUACGCGUGAACUUGUCCGCCCCCCCUCGUCGUCCGCUACGAGUCAAACGCAUCUCAGUCCUGUGGCAGAGGUCAGCGCUCGAAAGUAUUGCUUUUGAGCUCUCGUUGUGCGUUAAAAUAUAUUUUUUGGACUGCCGAAUUCUGAUGUUUGUCUCCUUGUAAAUAAUUACUGUGAAAAGUGGGUAAGAUUAGGUGAUAAAAUGGGCAAGAGUAAGGCGUUGAAAACUUUUGUUCAUUCUAUCUAUUAAUUUGGAACGAACAAAUAAGCCAUAAAAGAGAAUUAUUCAUGAGAUUGAUAAUAGCCAAACAUCUGUGGAAUGAGAUUAUGCGAAAAGUUCUCAAAAAAGAUUUUCGUACAAUCUUAAAGAAAUUAAUUGAAUAUGACAUGCUGAAAUUAUUCCUGUGUCUCGAAUUCUUGUAUAAUAUAAGUGUACAUUAAACUUGUAAAUAAGAAUAGAAUAAUAUUUCUUUUUAUGAAUGGAAAAUACUUUUGAGUAAGAAUACAAUAAUUUUUUCUAUUGUUAAUGAAAUUUAAAGAUAUACAAAUGAAUAGAUAUAAAGAACUACAUAAAUUUUCUUCGAUUUUUAAGAUUUGAUCUUGUAAAUAAAGUGUAUUAUUGUAAAAUUUAUGUCCAAUGAAAAAAUUCGCUUUACAUGUUACAGCCAUUUUUGAUAGUAAUACGCGAUUGAGAAACUAAAUGACAAGUGGCUGUGAAAUCAAAGCGAUGGAUUUAACAUGCGAUGCGUGAUUGAAAAAUUGAAAUAAUUACGAAAAAAAUUGAACUUUAAAUUUAAAAAAAUCUAUGUUCAAAAGAAGUUUAUUUGAAAAAAACUUUUUCCUCAACAUAAAUAAAUCCUCAACAUAUUUCGACAAUAAAAAAAAGAAAAAUGACAAAUCAGGGGUUUUAUCGUCAAUCGUAUCGUAAAAAAUUCAAAUCUUGAUUUUAAUUUUAAAAAAAUAACUAAAACGAAAAAAAACAUGAUAAAUUAAAGCGUUAUCAAUCCUUGAAUCGCUGAACUUAUAUACUACAGGUACUUAUAUCGAUGAAAAAAGCGCGUACCAAAGAUGAACUACUUUUAUCAUUGAUUCUUAUGAUAAUGCUUUUAUUCUUGUUGAUAAAUUUUAAGUCGAGUGCCUGACAUUUCGAAGUCGUUUGGUAUACCAAGUGCACGUUAAAAUUUAUUUGUAAGUUAUAUCGUAUAUAAAACCAGUUAAAGGUAAAAAAUAUUCUACAAAAAAAUGUACUUCAUCAAUAAACAUUAUUGUCAAAUUUAGGUGCAAAAAUCUUGUUGAGUCAUUGUAACAAAAAAAUUAAUAGUCUCUAAAUAGACAAGAGUUGACAAAAGUAUUUUAAUCUAGAAUUGUUUGGAUGGUUAUCAAAAAGGUGUAUAUCUACAUGGUCUAUGAUGUAAAAUAAUUCAAGUGAUUUAACGUUCAAAGAGACAAGUUAUUGAUUGUUGAUCAUCUUCUAAACGAUACGUGCACCUCUUAUACCCGAUCUUCGUUUUCGUAAACAAUGUAUAAUCUUUUCAUACGAAAAGUAACUCAGAAAUAAUGACGUGUCACGUGACAAAAAAAUAAGAGAUUAAAGUGUCAAUAGAUUUCCAUAAAAUAUAAGAAUUGUAAAUAUUUAUUGUAUAAAAAAAUCUCUAUUAAAUAAUGAACUUAAACUCACAUAGCGAGAUUCCAAGAGAUUUUUCUUGAAUGUAUAGAGAAUAAUUGUUGAAGGGUGCAAUAUUUUAACUUUCGAUGAUUUGAAGUAAAGCAAAGUUUGAAUCGCAUGUGUUUAUGGUGAUAGCGAUAAUCACAAACUAAGUAUAUUCAUUUUAAUGAAAACGCGUAAUUUAAGUGGAAUAAUUUGCUAUUAUAGAAUUGUAAUGAGUUACUGUGAAAAUUAUGUAUUUAUUACUUGAACGUCAAACGUCUCGAGAAAUUUAGAAUUGCUUGCAUGCCCUAUGCACGUCGGUUAGCCACAAGAAACGUACGAGACUCUAGAGAAAUGCAUUCAAUUAAUCACGUACACUAUUGUAUGAUUUUGUCUCUGAAGACACUUGAAUGAGCCGCACAGCGUCACAACGUUGUUAAUUACGCUUCCAUUGGUAAUCAUAGGGCAGUUGAUUCGACACAAGAGUUUGGUGACUCAGGAGACGUGACGAGGACUGUAGGGGAAAUUUCUUAACUUGCGUAUCCUUGGAUAUAUCAGUAAUACGGAUCUUAUCGAUUUGCAUUAAAUUGUGUUGUACUACAAGGUGCGAAACGUACACUGUUACAAGCGGAAGAAAAUUGUAUAAUGUAAACUGUUUUGAUGGAUGAA